AUGUGUUCUUUCGCCGACUCUUUUCAAUUACGCCAUAGACUGAAUCACCACAAAUGCAUUGCUGACAUCCAGUUUGCUAUCAAUGAGCUCCAGCGUGUUGCAUCGCAGAUUGGUAUGAAAGUCAAUGCCUCGAAGACCAAAUUCCUCACACCCGGCUUCGCCCCAACAGGCAAAACACCCAUUGUCCUCAAUGGUGAUAUUCUUGAAGAGGCUGAGAGUUUCAAAUACCUUGGCGCCAUCCUUACAGCCACAGGUCAAGGUGAGGCUGACAUUAAAACACGAAUCAACCUCGCUCGCCAAGCCUUCAACCGACUCAAUUCACGACUCUGGUCAAGAUCUGAGAUCCGACGCACCACCAAAGUACGGAUCUACUAG